GCGCGUCGGACGCCCCGAGGCAUCUCCUCCUCCCGCCGCCCGGCUCCGCCUCGACUCCCGCCCGCAGCCCCUCGCUGGGCUCAGGCCCCCCGGCGUCGCCCCCGAGACAUGACUCGUGAUUUCAAACCCGGAGACCUCAUCUUCGCCAAGAUGAAAGGGUAUCCUCAUUGGCCAGCUCGAGUAGAUGAAGUUCCUGAUGGAGCCGUAAAGCCACCCACUAACAAACUACCCAUUUUCUUUUUUGGAACUCAUGAAACUGCUUUUUUAGGACCAAAGGAUAUAUUUCCUUAUUCAGAAAAUAAGGAAAAGUAUGGCAAGCCAAAUAAACGAAAAGGUUUUAAUGAAGGUUUAUGGGAAAUAGAUAACAAUCCGAAAGUGAAAUUUUCAAGUCAGCAGGCCUCAACUAAGCAAUCAAAUACAUCAUCUGAUGUUGAAGCUGAAGAAAAGGAAACUAGUGUUUCAAAAGAAGAUACUGACCAUGAAGAAAAAGCCAGCAACGAGGAUGUGAGUAAAGCAAUUGAUAUAACUACUCCAAAAGCUGCCAGAAGAGGGAGAAAGAGAAAGGCAGAAAAACAAGUAGAAACUGAGGAGACAGGAGUAGUGACAACAGCAAUAGCAUCUGUUAAUCUAAAAGUGAGUCCAAAGAGAGGACGACCUGCAGCUACAGAAGUCAAGAUUCCAAAACCAAGAGGCAGGCCCAAAAUGGUGAAACAGCCAUGUCCUUCAGAGAGUGACAUGGUAACUGAAGAAGACAAAAGUAAGAAAAAGGGGCAAGAGGAAAAACAACCUAAAAAGCAGCUGAAAAAGGAUGAAGAAGGCCAAAAGGAAGAAGAUAAGCCAAGAAAAGAGCCAGACAAAAAAGAAGGGAAGAAAGAAAUGGAGUCAAAAAGGAAAGGUUUAGCUAAAGCAGGGGUUACAUCAACCUCUGAUUCUGAAGAAGAAGGGGAUGAUCAAGAAGGUGAAAAGAAGAGAAAAGGUGGGAGAAACUUCCAGACUGCUCAUAGAAGGAAUAUGCUGAAAGGGCAACAUGAGAAGGAGGCAACGGAUAGAAAACGGAAGCAAGAGGAACAAAUGGAAACUGAGCAGCAGAAUAAAGAUGAAGGAAAGAAGCCAGAAGUUAAGAAAGUGGAGAAGAAGCGAGAAACAUCAAUGGAUUCUCGACUUCAAAGGAUACAUGCUGAAAUAAAAAAUUCACUCAAAAUUGAUAAUCUUGAUGUGAACAGAUGUAUUGAGGCCUUGGAUGAACUUGCUUCACUUCAGGUCACAAUGCAACAAGCUCAGAAACACACAGAGAUGAUUACAACACUGAAAAAAAUACGGCGAUUCAAAGUUAGUCAGGUUAUCAUGGAAAAGUCUACAAUGUUGUAUAACAAGUUUAAGAACAUGUUUUUGGUUGGUGAAGGAGAUUCUGUGAUCACACAAGUGCUGAAUAAAUCUCUUGCUGAACAAAGACAGCAUGAGGAAGCAAAUAAAACCAAAGAUCAAGGAAAGAAAGGGCCAAACAAAAAGCUAGAAAAGGAACAAACAGGUUCCAAGACUGUCAAUGGAGGAUCUGAUGCUCAAGACAGCAGUCAGCCACAACAUAAUGGAGACAGCAAUGAGGAAAGCAAAGAUAACCAUGAUGCCAGCUCUAAGAAAAAGCCAUCCAAUGAAGAGAGAGAGACUGAAAUAUCUCUGAAAGAUUCUACACUAGAUAACUAGGUUGAUGUACCUGGAACAUGAAGGACACUUGAGAAGUUUGUAAUGGUUUUCGCUGGAAAUAUUUAGACUGCUGAAAAUGAAAGUUUUAAAUUUUUAUAAGUGUAGGUUUUGAUGUUAAAAACUUGUUUUGAGGGAGAAAAUCCCUUUAUCUUUGUUUAAAAUUAAACCUUAUUGCUAACUGUACUUGUGCAGUAUUAACAGUAAAUGUGAGAGAAAAAUCCAUUUAGAAAAUGUUAUGCUGCUUUUCCAGACAUUAUGGUUGUAGCAUACUUUGAAUUAGUGUGUGUAAGUUAACGUGUAAUUGAUAGUAGAUAAAGUUACAGUUUUAAAACUGCUUCUUGUAUAAUACCUUUCCUCUUUUCGCUGAUACCAUGGUUUUUGUGCAUAGUUUUUACUCAUGUUGGAUUUACCAGACUGUCUUUUCACUGUUUGUGGAUUUUAUAGAAGUUGAGCAUUUUUAUGGUAGACAAAAUGUUACUUCUAUACAAGUACUCCCUCCCUCCUUUUAUCAAAGUUUAUUCUCAGUCUACAUUGUGCUACAUUAUCCUGCUUCUUUGUAACAAUGUGUGGUCUGUAUGCCUUUUUGUAUGACAACUAGAUAUCCAACUGAAGCUGAACGGACAAUUUUGUAAGGUACAAAACUUGUUAAUUUUUGAAGAUAGUUUUGUGGCUGGGAAUUUAGUGAAAUCACAUGACUUUUCCUGCAGAGAGCAGAAUGGGUUAAAUAUUGGAAUGAAUCUGUCAUUAGAGUAUUAACCUUCUUGAAAUCAAACAUUUAAGAUCCUUUAUAAGCACUAGAAGCUAAAAUUGAAAGCUAAAUGAUAAAAGUUUGUUUGAGAAAUGUCUUGAGUUUUUUAAGUCACACUCAUUAAGGAAGUCACUUUAGUAUUUUUUUAAUUCGAAAAAUCGAUCUAUAAUAAUGCUUAUGCAGUAAAUACAAGUAAAUAUUAUAUAAAACUAACCUAUUUGAAAACA